GAUAAACCUGAGCUAGCUGCCCCAAAGUUGAAGCCUCCAAAGGCAAUGGCCAUCAAACUCUGAGAUUUGACACACACAAGAAGCAAAAAUGUCGGCGUCAAAAUUUGCGCUGCACGGAAUCGGAACCGCGCUCUUCCGUGCCCCUCGAACAUUCUCUGCGAAUCCUCCCCCCCUUCUCUUCCGUAAACCUACUCCUCUGAAGACGCUGCGGCUCCAACGGUGCAGUUACUCUGCUGCGGUUGAUACAGUCACUGCCGACGACAACAACGAAACCUUGUCCUGCGUUGACCAACCCCUUCAUCAUCCGUGGCCCGAAUGGGUGUCCUUUGUUGACCGCUUGAAGAUAAAAGGUUAUCUGACUGAAUCUUCUGCUUCUUCUUCAGUUGAGGGUGGAGAUGAAUUUGACGCUUCCACUGGGGGUGCUGGCGUCGCGAACUCAAGUGAUAGUGUUUACAGGAACAUGAAUCUUGUCAAGAAUGGCUGUCUAAGCUUCGCGCGUGACCGCUAUGAUGUCUUCAAAUCACUUUCAGAGGAAGAUAUUCAAACAGUGGUGAAAGCUGGUUGUCCUAAUAUUCUCCGGAAGGUUGUUAAUUCAGCUAAAAGAUUAAGAGCUCACGUCGGAUUAGACGAAGGGGAUGUUUGUAGCACCUGCAACCUACGAGGCUCCUGUGAUAGAGCUUAUGUGAUUCUAAAAGGGCCUGAAGCAGCGGGUCGAACUGUAGAUAUAGUGCGUAUACUUUUGCACCAUGCAUUGGAUCAUCUGGUUAUUUCUGGAGGAGAGAAACCUCCAGGCAGAGAGGAUAUUGAAUUAUCUGCGAGAAAACUUUUGUCUGAGUUAAUUGAAUUAAGUGAAUCGUCCAUUGCUCCUGCGCCCCCAAAGCUCCCAACGAAACAUGCGCCGAUCAAAGACCAAUCUCCAGCAAGCAUGGCCGAUAUAUCAUCUAAAGACGUUGAUGGAAGGCCGGGUGACUGGACAUGUCCAAAAUGCAAUUUUUUUAAUUUUUCAAGAAAUAUACGCUGUCUCAAAUGCAACACACAGGACUUGAAGAGGGUCAGUACAAAUGCAGUUGAAAGGAAACAUAAUGCAGUUGAAAGGAAAAAGGGUGAUUGGGAUUGCCCAAAAUGCAGUUUUGUUAAUUUUUCACGAAAUAAGCGCUGUCUUAAAUGCAACACAGAGGGCCCAAAGAGGGUCAGUGCAGAUGAAGUUGAAAAGAAAAAGGGCGACUGGGAUUGCCCAAGUUGCGGGUUCUUGAACUUUGCUAGCAAUACCAAGUGUCUGCGUUGUCCAGAGCCAAGGCCCCAGGGACGUAUUGGGGAUUGGAAUUGUCCCAAAUGUGAUUUCUUCAACUUCGGAAAAAACAAGACUUGCCUGAAGUGCAAUCAUCAACGCCCUCUUGAACAACCGAGUGCUGAGGACGAGGACCAUGAAUGGAGACGGCCCACUUGAGAAGUCAUGGAGUUGCCAAUAGCCUUAUGGCAUAGCUAUGUCACCUCCAGAUGCCAUUCGAUCCUGCGUGCUGCAACUCGUACUGAACAAAUGGAGGAAAAACAGCUUGUGGAGUUUUUUUAUGCAUGGUGGGGAUCGGAUAUAUUGGAUUGUAUCGUAAAUUUUCGACAAUUUUCUAUGUUCGUCUUUUUAUUUCCAGCGAUAAUUUUCUAUGUUCUGCUUUGCUCAUUCAAUUUUUUUAAUUUAUUUUUGGGCAUUUUGGCGCUGUAGUGACUACCCAGUUUAGUGCUUCGCAGAUUGAGA